AUGGACUCAGAAAUCCCAGAAGCCUUCCAGAAGGAGCUCACCUGCCUCGUCUGCCUGAAUUUCCUUCUAGACCCAGUCACCAUAGGCUGUGGACACAGCUUCUGUAGGUCCUGUCUUUGUCUUUUCUGGGAACAAGCCGAAGCCCCUGCCAGUUGUCCGGUGUGCAGACAAUGAUCAGAACAGACAAACUUCAAAACCAAUUUUCUUCUGAAGAAUCUGGUGUCCACUGUCAGAAAAGCCAAUCUCAGGCAAUCCCUGAAGUGUGAGGAACAGCUGUGUGGGACCCACAAGCAGACAAAGACGAUCUUCUGUGAAGCUGACAAGAGCUUGCUCUGUUUGGUCUGCUCUCAAGGUCAGGAGCACAAGACUCACAGACAUAGUCCUGCUGAAGAGGCUGCUGAGGAAUCCUGGGAGAAGUUGGCAAACCAAAUGAGAUCUUUAUGGGAAAAGAUACAAGAUGUUGAAAGAAACCUCAAAAAAUAUGACGAACGAGCUGAUGCUUGGAUGUUUUCUGUGAAUGGACAUGGAAACAUGAUUAGGAAAACUUAUCAGAUGUUAACUCCAAUUCUUCAGGAGGGAGAAAAUUACUACAAAGGGUUUAUUACAAAAGAAGGCCAAAAGAUUUAUAAGCAAAUCAGAAAGAGACAAAAGGAACUGAGUGGAAAGAAGACAGAUCUCAAAAUAAUAUACACAGAAUUCAAGAAAAUGUCCUAUAAACCAAAUGUGGAGCUGCUCCAGGCUGUGUUCACGAAGCCCUGGGCAGCAGAAGGAUGGACUGCAUCUUCCUCUUACAGGGGUGAGUCAGCACAGCUGCACGUGCCUCAGCCUCCGCUCCCAGGACUCCCUGCGCGACCCGUGGCCGGGCUGAUGGACUGGCUCCACCGCUUCCGGGGUGAGCGUCACCCCGCCGGUGCGUCUUCCCUGCAGGGUCCCUCAGUGUUGGUUUCUGCAGACAGUCUUUCCCGCUUCAUCUCUCAGCCUGUGCAGAACAGCCUGCAAAUAGGCAGGAGUAAUGGAGGUGGAGUCAAUUUUUCUUUCAAUAAGGAAGUAAGCAGUCAGCACAUCAGGCUGCUCGAUGAUGCAAGACGUCUGACGUAUGAACAUUCCAGCCUCCAUGCAUCUUUGGAUGGUGAAACAUGGAAGUAUUUUGCUGCAUGGGGAGACCAGAGCUUCACCUCUGUCAAACAGUACUGGGAGAUGCUCGUGGACAGCUCUUGGGACUGGGCUGUAGGCGUCUGUAAGGAUUCCUGGAUAAGGAAGGACGAUGGCAUACUGGACGAGUCCAACAGGGACAAGUUUCUCCUUCUGUGUGUGAAGCAGGAUGACCAUUACCAACUCUGGACCACCGCCCCCACCACGCCUCUGUACAUAGAGAGACCUCUGGACAGGGUUGGGGUGUUCCUUGAUUGUGACAGUGGGAGUAUUAGUUUUGUGGAUGUUACCAAGCACUCCCUCCUUUGGAGGUAUGAUGAUGGCGUGUUCACUUUCCCUGUCAGGCCCUUCAUCUGCACUGGCCACAGGUGA